AUGGCCUGGCUACCCGAUUUGGGAAGGGUGGUUGUAGCCAAAAAGCGUGACGCCCGCUAUAUCCUCUUAACCCUUAUCACCCCACUCACCCUUUUACCGAAUCGUCUAGUCGUCCUCCACUAUCGCAGUGAAGGGUUCAUAUCAAGCAAACAGCACCAGGCCACGGGUAACGUUGAGCCCGACCCAAGCCUUACGCAAAAGAACCCUCCCUCGAGUGCUUGUACAGCACACGAUUCCACCAUUUCGUACCGAUUCCCAUCAUCGUCUGGGAGUCCGUCCCCUCCCCCCAUCGUACCAUCGUCGCCCGAUCUGGCGCAUCAAAACCAACCCGGGCCCUCCAACCCCUACCUCGCCCUCCCACCGCCUGAAGACGAGAUCCCCGACCUCGACGAACUGCCCUCCGAACAACCACCCUCGCCCCCACCUCACACGCCUGCUCCUACCAUGUCAGGGCAUCACCGCAUCACCCUCGCCGCCAAUCCCCCCUACUUCGAUGGCGACAAGUCCAAAUACCUGGGCUUUGUGGACGUGUGCACCACCUACAUCGGUGCCUAUCGAUCGGAGUUCUCGCAGGAUGAGACCAAAAUCCUCUUCGUCCUCUCCUACCUCCGUAACGAGAAUGGCACGAGCUGCGCUGCCUCGAGAUGGGCGAUGAACUGGAAGCAGCACAACUUCGAUGGCUUCCAGGGACUGAAGGCAGGAGUCACAUCAAAGAACUUCCUGGAGGAGCUUCAGAGGGCGUUCGGGGACUCCAACGCGGAACAAGUCGCCGCUGCUCGGCUUAUGGCCCUGCGCCAAAACAAACGGUCCUUUGCGGACUACAUCUCCGACUUUGAGAUGUUGGCUGCGGAUGCAGGCUACAAUGUGGUUGACACCACCGACGACAAAGGCGAAUACAAGAAGGGGGACCAGGAUAAUAUCCUCAUCGAGUUCCUGGAGCGCGGACUCAGCAGCGAGAUCGCCAGUCGUCUCUACAACACCGGUGUCCCUCUGCCCAAGGCCUAUGGAGCGUUCAAAGCCUGGUGCAUCAACAUCGAAGCCAACGCUCUGCGUGACCAGCUGCACAAAGUGUCGUAUGGGCACCCCACACAACGACCACCUCCCCAGUUCCGCCCCCAAGCAGCACCAGUGGCGCCCACACCCGCUCCGGCCCGACCCGCUGCCAACGAACCGGUUCCGAUGGAAAUCGAUCGUACCCACGCCCGCGGCCGCAAUAUCAUCUGCUACAACUGUCAGCAGCCUGGGCACAUUGCGCGGAACUGUCCGGAACCAAGGAAGAAGCGUACAUUCUUCAAUCGGGCCACGAUGCUUGAAGAGAUCGAGAACGGGGACAAGGACAACGAGUUCCUGAAGGAGAUUGCCGAGAAGCUGCGCGAGAAGGGUUUUUGA